GAACAGUUUUUUCCUGUGUGACAAGGUUCCUGACUCAAGCCCCGGGCGACGUCACUGAGUUGGUGAUGAGCUCGGAGUUUCUUACACCACGAAAAAAGGUCCCCAGCUGAAGGCAGAAAAAAAGCGUGACGAGAGGACGAAAUGCCUCCUAGACGUCUACCUGUUUGUAUCGGGAUGAGAUCUGCAGCACUCACAGAAGGGCGCGCGCGCACAGAUUCAGCACAUGGCGCUCAGGUCUACGGGUUUGCGCUUCAAAAGAGCGACUGAAUUAUUUACACUUCAACCCCAAUCUCUUUUUAAAAGUUCUGGCAUUUUAGUAGUUCGUGAGGUUUGACUGCAUUCCAUCAAGCUCAAGAUCUAAGUGCACUUCUGCCUGAUUUUUUCCCUCAUUUUAUUUUGCUGGAUGAAGAUCUCCAAGAAGUAAGAAUGAAGAUGCUGACCACUUUCCAAGCAGAUUUUGCGAUCGUCCUCACCUGAUGAUGCGCUUCUUGGACGUGUUAUUAUUCAGGGGUGCUGAAUCUCCUCAGAAAUUAUCAAACUUUUUUCACAGGACAAGCCUCUUUCAUCUCUGGACUAGUCCUUCAGCAUCAGACCUCACACUUUUGUCCUUCUGAAGGCAUCUGACAAUGACGAUUCCACUUUCCAGAACACAGCUUGCCCUCUUCUUUAUCCUUCUUUGUCCCGUCAACAUUAUCGGACUCUGGUGGGCAGUGGGGAGUCCCUUGGUCAUGGACCCGAACAGCAUCUGCAGGAAGACCAAACGUCUGGCGGGCAAGCAGGCCGAACUGUGCCAGACCCAGCCAGAGAUCGUCAACGAAGUCGCCAAGGGCGCCAAGCUGGGUGUGCGUGAAUGCCAAUACCAGUUCCGCUUUCGGCGCUGGAACUGUACCAGCCAGAAAAAGUACUUUGGCAAAAUUCUCCAGCAAGACAUCCGGGAGACAGCGUUUGUGAAUGCUAUCACGGCAGCGGGUGUGACGCAUGCAGUGACUCAGGCCUGCAGCAUGGGGGAGCUGCUGCAAUGCGGCUGCGAGGCCACACGGAGCAGAGGGCCGCCCCCACGUUUAGCCAGUAUUGGCCCAACUGAGGGGGUCAAGUGGGAAUGGGGGGGCUGCGGAGAUGACGUGGAGUUCGGCUAUGAGAAAUCCAAGCAGUUCAUGGACACCAGGCGGAGGAAGGGCAAGAGUGACAUCCGUACGCUGAUAGACCUUCAUAAUAAUGAGGCUGGACGACUGGCGGUGAAGAAUUAUAUGAGAACUGAAUGUAAAUGUCACGGGCUGUCUGGCUCUUGCACUCUGAGGACCUGCUGGAAGAAAAUGCCUCACUUCCGUGAAGUGGGCAACCGCCUGCUUGAGCGCUUCAAUGGGGCAUCCAAAGUCAUGGGGGGAAAUGACGGUAAGACUCUCAUUCCAGUGGGGCAGAACAUCAAACCUCCGGACAAGCAAGAUCUCAUCUACUCGGCCGAGUCGCCGGACUUCUGCCUGCCCAAUCGGAAGACGGGUUCUUUGGGCACGCGGGGGCGAAUGUGUAACAGCACAGCACUUGACGUGAGUGGAUGUGACCUUCUGUGUUGUGAGCGAGGCCACCGGGACGAGACGGUGGUCCUGGAGGAGAACUGUCUCUGCAGUUUCCAUUGGUGCUGCGUGGUCCAGUGUAAAAAGUGCUUAGUCAGAAAGGAACUGAGUUUGUGUCACUAACCGAGAACCCUUUGAAGAUGGGAUUGAGAAGAGCGAUUCCAAACAAGGAAGUAGUGCCAGUCUCAGAACAAAAGAAUCUACAACAUUCCAGAUUCAUGCAUACACAUUUCAAACCCUGAGGCUUUGGAAAAGCCUAGAGGAGCGUCUGACUUGUGUUUCACCCCUCAGAAAACCCAGGACCGCUAGUCUCAAUGACUACACUCAAGAUUUAGGAAGGGUUCUUCAGCUGUGAAGUCAAGUCAUUCAGAAUGCUUCUUAUCAAAUGGCUUUUUCUGUUAGAUCAGCCCUAUAUACAUUACAUUGUGAGUGCAGACUGAAGGAAUGGAAGUACAUCCACAUCAGCACAACAGCCAUGGUGUAAUGGCUGUUCAUGCUCUGAAGUGACAGAUCAUCGAAGAUUUGGCAUAUUGCUCUGUAAAGCGGGCUGGAUAUGGAACAAAGACUUUUAUUUAUAAGCAUUUAAUACCAUCAUGACUACUUCUUGUGUUUAAUGCCCUGUCAUUUUCUUUCAAAAGCACUUUGAGAGUUUUUAACAGAAAGAGUAAAAGCAUUUUUUUUCUCUUAAACUCAAAGGUAAAACGCAAAUACAAGAGAAGCAAUUUAAAAACUCUUUAUUUUUGUGAGAUAUUUAAUCUAUGGGGCUUUUAAUGCACUUUUACUGAUACUGAUUACUAUUUUUCAUUGGUUUGCUCCUAAGUUGAAUGCAUUUUCAUGCAGUUUGUGUUGGUUUUUAAGAUUACAUGUAUUGUUGACCUCAUAUACUGUACAGUAUAUGCUCUGGAAAGCCUUUCAGUAUGCUAACACUGCUUAAUAGUUCUCAAAACAGAUUACAAAUGAUCAUUAAUGACAAAGAUCACAGAAAUGGAUUGUCGUUGGCAUUGUCGUUGCUUUACCACCGUUUUCUUUUUAAAGGAUUUCUCACUGGAGUGUCAACAGGUCGUCAAAACAUCAUUUCAACACCAUGUCCAUUAAAUUCA